UCUGUAAACUUCACAAACUGCAGAAGACAGAAUAUAUGACAGGAAGCUCUACAGACGCACACGGUUGCGGGGCCAGGACCCGGGUCAGGGACCAGGGAGCCAGAGGGCCACUGAAGACUCCACUUCCGGUCCUGUGGUAACUCGGCCUCUCAAUCCCUCACCAGUUCAUCCUUAUGAAGGAUCAUUAUAAUAAUGAUCUUUAUAAUGAUCAUCAUAAUUGUGGUGCCAUGGGCCCCACGUGCAGCGCGAGCUGUGGGAGUGACAGCCCCUGGAUACGCUCGAUCCAUGUUGCUAUGACAACAGACACCAACAACUGUUUCCACGGCGACACGUUGACUCGAGACAGAAGCGGACUUCAAACAAGUGGGACUGUUUCCGCCUUUCCGCUUGUUGUCUGUGCUGAGCGACACCAUGCCUCCCAAAAACAAAGGCUCGGCUAAAAAGCCCGCAAAGCCCCGGACGCCCACUCUGAUCGAUGGCCUCACCAAGGAGGAGCUGUCCAAGGAGCAGAUGGAAGAGCACAUUGUGGGCCUUCGAGAGGAGCUGGAUCGAGAGAGGGAGGAGCGGAACUACUUUCAGCUGGAGAGGGACACGAUUCAAAACUUCUCGGAGAACACAAAGAGAGCGCUGCAGGAGAUGAAGGCUGAAAUGAACAACCUAGAGAAGGACAUUGAAGAGGAUGAGAGGUGCCACCAAGUAGAGAUCAAGGUGUUCAACCAGAAGAUGAAGCACCUCCUUUGUGAGCACCAGAACACGAUCUCUGAGUUGAGAGCAAAUGCUUUGGUCUCGACUGAAAUGCAGCAGAAGGAACAAGACAAAUUAGAGUUUGAGCUUCAUAAGAGAAUGAAGGACAUCAAGGUCCAGAUGGAGGAGAUUAACGAUGAAAACCUUGUCAAGGAGCUUGAACUGAAACAUGCCCAAGAACUGACUGAAGUGAAGGACAAAUUGGAGAAGCAACUCAGAGAAACUGAAGCUGUGUAUGAGGGAAAGACGACGUUUCUGCUUCAAGAGCUGGACAACAUGAGGAAAAAUGGGAUCAGUGAGAAAGAGGAUCACUGGAACAGCCACAUCGAUGUUCUCGUAUCCGACCACAACAAAGCUCUCCUGGAAGCUAGUGAGCUGGUUAAAGACUUACAACAGGCUCUGGAGGGGAGUGAUUCGUUCAAGACACAAAUUAAAGAAAUGAAGACGAAACAGAAGCAGGAGGAAAAGGACCUGAUCCUUGUUUUGCGCGAUAACAAACGUCUUGCUGAGCAGCUCUCGAAAGCUGAAGAGGAAAUCGCUGAAAAGAAGAAAAAAAUGAAACACAGUGCAAUGAAAAAGGAGGACACCAAAGAAAAGAGCGUAGAAAAGAAGAUGAAUGAUCUGAAACAGGAAUAUGAGACACUGAAAGAGACAUUCAACAAGCUUCAGCUUGAGAGGGACGAGCUGUACAAGACGCACUCUCAGUCUGUUCAGAAGGCGCAGCACAAAGCCGAUCUGAAGAACAUGCAGCUGGAGACGAAGCUGAAAGCUCUCACAGACAAUCUGGAGAAGACAAACGCUCAGCUCCACUCUGUGCUCACUUCCUCUAACAUGGACCAAACAGGCCUUCGUGAGGUCAUAAACAACAUUCAGGAAAACCUUGACGCCGACAAUAAUACCAUCAAGAUCUUGAAGUAUAAAAAACAUCAGAUUUCCAAGGCACGUGAGGAUUUGCUGCUGUACUACAAGGCCAAGCUAAGAGCUCUCGGUGUCCCAGUGGAGGAGCUUCACGCUGAGCCCUUUGAGAGCAGUCGUGCUGGAAAAAUUCGAGGACAGGUCUUAGAUAUUGGCUUUGCCCAGAAGUGAGAAAACAUUUUAGAUAAAAAAAACACCAUCAGCAAAGCUCCGAUGUAUCAUGAAGGGACGGUUUUCUUAAAGUAAAGCUGCUCAAAUUGAAAAAACUUAUUUACAUUUUUCAAGAAAAGGUAAUUGUAGCUUUAAUAAGCAACAUGUUGUUGUUUUAAACUAUAAUAAAUGAUUUACACAUUUAAAUGUGUAUUGAGCUGGUCACCUCACAGCAAGUGUGCGUGUUCUUCAAGUGCCUGCGUGAACCACCUCCGGCUGCUCUGCCAGUCUCCAAGACUUUAUCCAAACUUUAUGUAGUGUGGCUUUCUUGAAGAACAUUGUACUUUCUUGAUUCUUUUUGUUCUGGGUUUUUUACCCUCACGGUUGAAUGAACUUAUUCUAGGUCGCUUUGGAUAGAAGCGUCAACUAAAUGAAAUGUAAUGGAAUCAGGUUAAUUGUCAGUAUAAUGGUUGAUUGGGUGUAGAUCCUGGGGGCAGGUGAAGUCGAGUCUGUUGAUACUUAACUUGACCCUAACUCCAGUCGGGGAGCUCUACUUACUUCUGAGCCUUGAACUAUGGUGUCUUGUAACAAUACUUGAUUUUUGCCACGCAAUGACAUUUUAUUUCUAUUGUAUAAAGUCAUUAAUGUCUUAAAUCAGUGAUUUAGCAAACUAAAGAAAAAUUAAGUUUUCUACCCUCUAUUCGUACCUGCAACAAAGUCUCUAUUAAGCACAAUGGGACUUUCUGUCUAAACAUGUGUGAUGUAUUUGCCUUAUUGAUAUUGAUGAAUAAAAAAAUGACAAAUUACAAU